AUGAACCCCCACUUGGGAACACCCCACAAGUUCACACAAGAAAUAGAAGAAAAUGGAGCCAUUGAAAUGGAAAAUCCAAACCUCACUGUCAUCAGAAUAAAAAAUCAUAUAAGGAGGUAUCUCGAAUUAGAUAAAAAAUUUUAUGAACUGUUCAUAAGGGUGAUGGAAAUCUCAGAAAAUCUGUUCAACAAUUUUAAGACAACUUUUAAGGAAGUGAAAAAAGAUGUGACCGAUUAUUUAUUGAAUGAUGAGGAAUUUUUUAAAAAAAAAAAAGAUGAAAACGGGUUAAAGGAAAAACAAAAUGCUAUCGAGGAGCUGAUAAGGGAAUUGUCCACAGUUGUGCUGCAUGUUGGCCAGAAUUGCAAAAAUAUGAGGGAGUUGUUUUUGUGUUUAUACAUGCUAAUAUUUGAGUCUGCUCCUGAUGAGGUGGCGGCUAUGGGGGGUUCCCUCAGUUCUCACAUUGUUAGCCACUCAAAUAGCUUGACAGAGUCCUCCACAGUUGCAAGUCUACUAUCGCAGAACAAAAUAAGUGAACAAGAGUUUGAAGUGGCCCGCAGAAAGGGAUCAUUCGUAUCUGAUCUUUACAGCAGGGGGGAGAUUAACAAAAUGGUACGGAGGUGCCUUAUGUUGUGUUCCCAACCCGCCUUAUCUUCUCACCACUUCACAAAACAAAUAAAAAUUUUUUUUUUAUUGACCGCUGUAAUGUUUUACAUGGAGGAGGACAUAAAAAUGAGAAUUAAAAUUUGUAACUUAAUCUCAAGUGAAAUACAUAUAAGCAUUUUGAAUAUAAAAAAAUGUUCCAUUAUACUUAAGCACAAUCCGUAUUUAAAUAAAAUAAAGCGGCUAUUAAAUAAGUUUUAA